UUGGGUGUUCCUGUUAUUCUGAGAAACUCAGAAGAAACAGAAUCCAGCACAAAAGUUUUGAAAAAGCGGAUGAGACAAGUGAAGAAUCCUUUUGGGUUAGAAAUCCCUCAUCCUGCUACAGCUUCAGUAACAAAGGGUAUAACACUGACACCUGAUUGUCUGGAAGACUGUAUUCUUACGUGCUACUGGGGCUGCAGUGUUCAAAAACUCCAUGAAGCGUUGCAGAAACAUGUCUACUGCUUCAGAAUAAAGACUCCUCAGGCGUUAGAGGAUGCUCUGUAUAGCGAAUACCUCUAUCAACAACAGUAUUUCAUUAAAAAAAAUGACAAGGAAGAAAAAUAUUGUCAGUUACCAGAAGAUGCUCAAGUUGUUGAUUUUGGCCCAGUGCCUAGAUCUCGCUAUCCCUUGAUAGCAUUGUUGACGUUAGCUGAUGAAGAAGACAGAGAAAUAUAUGAUAUUAUUUCAAUGGUGGCUGUAAUUCACGUUCCUGAUGAGAGCUACAGACUGUCCUGCAGAAUAUUAUAUCAGUAUCUACUUCUAGCUCAAGGCCAAUACCAUGAUCUGAAGCAACUCUUCAUGUCUGCAAAUAGUACUGCACUUCCAAGCGAUACGGCCCCUGGUGAGAGAAGCACUGACAGAAGCUUGCUAGAAAAGGCUGGACUGGCUGAAGAUGAAUCAGAAUUGCAUGAAGAAAACAGUAAAGACUGUGUUGUUUGCCAGAAUGGCACAGUGAACUGGGUACUCCUGCCCUGCAGGCAUGCGUGCUUGUGUGAUGGCUGCAUUAAGUAUUUUCAGCAGUGUCCAAUGUGUAGGCAGUUUGUUCAAGAAUCUUUUCCACUUUGCAGUAAAAAGGAGCAAGAUGAAGAUGAAUCAACCCAUAUCUUGCAAGAUGUUCUUCCUGGAAGAGUUUUUUAAUGGGGGAAAAAAUAGAAGAACUGGGUCGUAUGCACCAAGAUUAAACGUAGAAAACAGACUGUUUAUGGGAGGAUAUGUAGCAUUAGCUUGUAUGGCUUUGCUUUUUAUUGUUAGGUAAUUUUCAGCUUCUUUAUUUUUCUUUGCUCCAUAUGCUCGCAGGAACACCACACUUAUCCAUGCAACGUGGACAGAAAAAUUGGGUAGGGUAUCUUUGAAGGAUGUGAUUUUUAUUUAUAAACUUCUUACUAGUUUUUUAUGGAGUACUGCUGGAGGCUAUUUUGAUUACUAAAUUCAGUAUAUCUACUAAAAAAAGAGUAAAACUUGCAAGUGAAGUUGCACACAGCUCAUUCUAUAUUUAUUGUAUUUAAAAUACUAGAGCAAUAUAUCAUUUUAACUCAGUAUAAUUUAGAAAUACAGCACUUUACAGAAUGUCUCAAAUGAAGGAAAGUAAAUAUUCUUCAU